AUGCGCCUUACAAUCCUCCUCCUAACAGCCCCCCUUGUCCAGGGGGCCUGUCUGACCCCCCGUCAGAGCGCAGCUACCCAAAUCGUCAGCCUCUCCUCCCUGGAAAACCUCGCCAUUCGCUCCAAUGGCCAAAUCCUCGCCACAAACAUGAACUCAGCCCAGCUCUAUUCCGUUGACCCCGUCUCCAAGACCUACACUGCUGCCCUAACCGUCUCUGGCGCGUCUCCAGGCCUCUCAGGCAUUGGCGAGGUCACACCAGAUGUUUUUGCAGUUAUUGGGGGGACAAAGCAGGUGUAUAAAGUAGAUUUUACCGUCAACCCGCCAACGAGCUCCCUGAUUGCAACAAUCCAGGAAGCAAAUAACCUCAACGGCCUGGCCGUCUUUGACAAUUCCUCCGUUCUCCUCGCCGACGCAGGACGUGGUGUUGUGUACAAACUGAAUGUAGCAAACGCCCGCUACGAACAAGUCCUCUCUGACCCAACCAUGACUCCCACAGGCGGCAUCCCCUUUGGCAUUGACGGGAUAAAAUAUGAUGCCAAGACAAGCACAGUCUGGUACACCAACAUCUUCCGCAACAGUCUGCACUCCCUCCCUGUGGAACCUACCACCGCGAAAGCGACGGGCGUAGUAAAGACGUGGUGGACCAAUUUGAUGGGUGAUGACCUGUGUCUCUCAGGGGACACAGGGAAGGUGUAUGUGACGACGAAUAUGGGGGGGAAUUCAUUGGUCGAGUUGGAUCCGAGUGUGGGGGAGGAGAGUAGGAAGACGAUCGGGAGUGUGCAAGGGAGUACAGCGUGUGCGUUUGGACGAAGGGAGGGGGACACGGGAACGGUUUAUGUUACCGGGGCGCAGGGGCUUUUUGCUGUUCAGGUGAAGUAG